AUGUUGGUGCUAAAAUUUAUAUUAUUGGUGCUUGUCUAUUUUUCUUUUCAGACAUUUUCUUAUUCAAAAUCAAAUGAUAUCGAUGUUUGUUCAAUAUGGUCUAAUGAUUGGAAACAUUCUAUUGAAUUAAAAGAACUUAUUUAUACAAGUGUUAAACCACUAGGUGGUUCUAAUGCUGGAAAAUAUUCAAAAAUUAAGGUCAAUAGUUGGAGUGAAUGUGUUACUCAAUGUUGUAAAUUUAAUCGAUGUAAUGUUGCCUAUUGGAUAUCAUCAACAUGUCUUCAUAUUGAAUGUUCAUCGGAUGAAUUAUGUGAACCGAUGAAUAUUGCUAAUGGUGAUAAUAGUGACGAUACAUUGUAUUUGAGAGUUCGUUCUGUUCAAUCAACGGCGGCUGCUAUUGAUUAUGAACCAGGAACUGAUGAAUGUAAUGGAACAAAAUCAUGUCCUGCUAAUGAAAAAUGUGAACAAGUAUCAGUAAAUGCUCAAUUAACACGAAAUAUAUGUUCAUGUGAUCGUAAUAAUUAUUUUCGUCGUAUUAAUGGUGUUUGUCGACAAUAUUUACCUCGUACAAAACCUUGCGUACUAUAUGAAACAGAUUAUGAUAAUAAUAAUAAUAAUGAUAAUGAUGAUGAUGAUUAUGAUAGAGGAAGAUGUAAGAAAAAUGAAGAAUGCUUACCACCAAAUGAUCGUGCUAAACAUGGUUAUUGUCAAUGUAAAUUAGGUUUUAUAAGAAAAGAUAUUAACGAAAAAUGUGUAAUUGAGAAUCAAGAAUAUUCAUCAACAAUUUCUUUAAUAUCUUCAACAAAAUCAACUUCAAUUUCAUCAUUAUAUGAUUUUAUAGUACAAGCUGGUGAUGAUCAAAUAAUAACAUUACCUAAACAUGAAAUUGAUUUAUAUGGACAUGUUCUUUAUAAAUCAAAUAAAAGUGAAAUUGAUAUGUCAAUAUUAAAAAAUCAAAAUUUAAAUUUAUUUUGGUCACUUAAAUCAUCAACGAAUGGAGCUAAAAUUGAUAUACCUAAUCAAGAAGAUUUAACAUCACAUAUUCUUGUUAAAGAAUUACGUGAAGGAAUAUAUGAAUUUGAAUUGAAAUUAAAUGAUAAACAUGGAACAACAUUAGCAUCUGAUACUGUUAAAAUAGAAGUUCUUUCAGCUAAAACAACACCAUCACCUCUUGUUGUCAAAGUAUCAUCUCCAGUAACAGUUCAUUUACCACAACAAGUAAUUAAACUUGAAGCCUAUGUUGAACCUUCUAAUCGACAAGUUACCUAUCAAUGGACUUACAAAAACGAUGGUCCCGUUACACCAACAUUAGAAAAUAUCCAUAGAUCUGAUUUAUUAAUCUCAAAUCUUCGUUCUGGUAAUUAUUCAUUUCAAUUAAAUGUUAUUGAUAGUAUUGGUAAUCAACAAACAAAAACUAUUCGAUUAAUUGCUAUUGGGGAACCAAUUGAAGCACGAGUAGUAAAUCACCGUGAACUUGUAUUUUGGCCAUCAAAUGAUGUUAUACUUGAUGGUACACCAAGUAUAAUUGAACCACAAACAUAUAUUUAUUGGACAUUAAUAUCAAAUGAUAAUAAACAAGAUACAGAUAAAAUAGAUAUUAUUUCACCACAUUCACUUAAAACACAAAUAACAAAUCUUCGUAUUGGUCAAUAUAAAUUUCUUUUAACAUUAGUAACAAAUGAUAAAAAAUAUAUAUCAAAAAUUGAAGUUCUUGUUAUUGUUUAUUCACAAAAUGGUCAACCACCAAGAAUUUCUAUUCAUUUAGAAACAAAUUAUGUUAAUAUAUUAAAUAAUCUUAUUAUACUUAAUGCAACAUCAACAACAGCUGAUUAUGGUAUUGCAAAAUGGCAAUGGAUUAAAAAUCCAUUAAAUCCAGCUAUGAGUUAUUUUAUAAAUAAUUCAAAUUUAUCACCUAUUGCUUAUAUAACAAAUUUGAUUGAAGGACAAUAUAUAUUUAUCCUUCAAGUAUAUGAUGAUAGACAACAAAUGAGUGAAAUGAAUAUAACAGUUAAUGUUAAUGGUAUACCUGAUGAAGAAAAUUUAAUUGAAAUUAUUUUCUUAUCAAAACCAUAUUUAUAUCAACAAACACUUGAUAAUCUUUUAGCACAAAUACGUGUUUUUCUUAUUGAUUUAUUACCAAAUAUAGAAAUUAUUAUGGUUGGAAUGUUAAAAGAAAAUAUUUUAUUAAUUAAAGGAAAAGAUCCUAAAAAUAAUUUAAUUAUUUCACCAAAAAUAAUUGUUAAUCAUUUACAAAAUAAAAUUAAAUCAUUACGUUCAGCAUCAAAUAUGAAUAUAUUAUCAAUUGAUACUUAUUUAUGUUUAUCAAAUUGUUCAAAUCGUGGAAAAUGUGACAAGAAAACAAAACGUUGUAUUUGUAAUAAAUAUUAUAUGGCAAAUUGGUUUAAAUCUAUUAUUUAUAGAGAACCAAAUUGUGAUUUUAUAAUUUAUUAUUUUGUUAUAAUAACAAGUGUUAGUUCAAUAUCAACAAUAGUAUUUUGUUGGUUAUGUUUAUGUUGUUGUUUACGUUGGAGACGUCGUCGUAAUUUAUUAGAACGUCGUAAACGUAUUCGUUAUCAAUUAUUAGAUGAAAAUGGCGAUGAUGAUGAAAGUCCAUCGAGUUCAAAAGAAAUAAGUAAAAAUAAAUUUCAUUCAUCAAAAAAAAGUAAAACAAAAAUAUCAAAUUUAAUUGUAUCUGAAUCUGAUGAUAAUCAAUCUGAUGAAAAUGGUGAACAAACUCUUUAUGAUAAGCCACUACUUACAGCUACAUCAAAAAUGAAUGUAACAAAAAUAAAAUCUCGUGGAUUAAAAGUUGCUGUACAAGACAGUAAUGUUAGUCCAGUAUUAGGUAACAAUCGUCAAUCAUCAAGAACAUCUGAACAUAAUAUUGCAUAA